AUGAAGGUCCUGUCACUCCUUCUCACCCUCGUCACGGGCAUAUCCGCCCUCCCCAACCCUCUCCCUCAAGACCCAGCCCCAACCCCGGGAGUGAAAACCCCCCCACCCCUCCCCCUAUCAACCUCCUCCCGCUGGAUCCUCGACGCAAAUAACAAGCGCGUCAAACUCCGCUGCAUCAACUGGGCCGGCCAUCUGGAGACAAACAUCCCCGAGGGCCUCCACCGCCAACCCCUCGACUACAUCACCACCUGGAUCGCCACCCAAAACUUCAACUGCGUCCGCCUCACCUUCUCCUCUGACCUCACCUUCUCCGGCCCCACCACCCCCGUCCACACCUCCUUCACCACCGUCUCCCAGCAGCAGUCCAAACCCGCCCUGAUAAACGACAUCUACCCCCUGAUAAUCACCAAAAACCCCUGGAUAACCCCCAACACCACCACCCUCGACGUUUUUGCCGCCGUAGUCGACACCCUCUGGUCAAAAGGAAUAAUCACCAUCCUCGACAACCACGUUUCCAAAGCCUCCUGGUGCUGCAACCUCACCGACGGCAACGGCUGGUGGGACACCGCCUCCGGCUACAACCCCUUCAACUCCCGCUUCUUUUCCACCUCCUCCUGGCUCUCCUCCCUAGCCUUCAUGGCCACCUGGGCAAAGUCCCACCCCGGCGUCGUCGGCCUCGGUUUACGUAACGAACUUCGCGCGUUUCUCCUGCAGGACUUGAACGGCAGAAGGGACUGGUACGCCAACAUCCAGAGAGCGGGCAAUCUAGUCCAUCAAGCAAACAAAGACUUGCUCAUCCUCGUCGGGGGCGCCCAGUCGUCAACUGAUCUGGUGCAUCUCAAGACCAGAAUGCUCGACACCUCCGGGUGGGAGGGAAAAAACGUCUGGGAGAUGCACGCUUACUCUUUCACCGUGACAUUCCCCGACCCGUUCAAAAACUGUGACUUGGUCAAGGCUGGGUAUGGGUUCUGGUCUGGGUUUGUGCUGGAGCAGGACAGGCCCUACACUGGACCUUUAAUCAUGAGCGAGUUUGGGGUUGGGAUGCAGGGGAGUGAGGUCGACUCUCAGUACGGGGGCCUCAACGAGCAGGAUCAUAGGUAUUUGGACUGUUUGGUGGGGUACCUCGAGGGGAACGAUGCCGAGUGGGCUGUUUGGGCUAUCCAGGGGGGUUACUAUAUCAGGGAGGGGACGGUGGAUUAUGACGAGACGUGGGGGUUGAUGGAUCGGGAGUGGAAGGGGUGGAGGAAUGAGAGGUUCAGGCAAAAGAUUCAGGGGUUGUAUGCUGUUACUCAGGGGCCUUAG